AUGGCGCCGAAAAUCUUCCUCACUGGAGUCACUGGCUAUGUUGGUGGCACUACGUUCUCCAUGUUGCAUGAGACUCACCCAGAGUACGACUACACGCUCUACUUUCGAAACCAAGAUCGUGCCAAAGUUAUCGCUGAAAAGUUCCCCGACGUCAAAUUCGUGUACGGCGAUCUUGGCAGCGUUGACAUUAUUGAAAAAGCAUCUUCUGAAGCCGAUGUUGUUGUCCAUACGGCUGACUCUGCGGACUCACCCGAGGCUGCCAAAGCCAUCGCAAAAGGCCUGGCCUCUACCCAUACAGCCGAACGCCCAGGAUAUUACGUUCAUCUCUCAGGUGCAGGUAUCCUUACUUGGUAUGACAUCAAGCACAAUCGCUACGGAGAACCACCUCUUCCUGAGCAGAGCCACGGCGAUAUCAAGGACAUUGAUCGUAUCCUAAACUUGCCCGACGAAGCGAUCCACAAAGACGUUGAAACAAUUGUUCAGAGCAUCAACUCGGAGGCCGUCAAGUAUCUCAUGGUGUCUCCUCCCGUAAUUUACGGAGCAGGCAGAGGUUUGGUCCACAAGCAGAGCUUCGCGAUUACAGAGAUAGUCAGAGCAGCCGUCGACCUCGGCUACACCCCAAUCAUCGGGGCUGGCAAGGCAAAAUGGGACAAUGUCCAUGUUGAGGAUCUCACGGCGCUCCUCGCAAAGGCUGUGGAAACAUCACAGGCCCCAUCCAAGAAAGAAAACGACUCGGAAACCUGGGGUAGAAAGGGCUACUACUUUGUCACCACAGGGGAACACCAGCGGGAUGAUCUCGCACAAUGGAUCGCUGAGGAAGUUCACCGUCAAGGAUACAUCCCCGAGGCCAAGACCAAGUCUGUCUCGAUGGAGAACAUGAUUAAUGCAAGAUACAAGGCGGCUCUAGCCUGGGGGACUAAUUCGAAGAGUGAGGUUGAGAGGGCGAGAAAGUAUCUGAGAUGGGAACCCAAAGCGCUGUUACUGAAGGAAACAAUUGCCGAUACAGUAGCUGCCGAGACUGCGGUUCUUGGGUUGUAG